AUGGUCAACUCUCCAGAAGGAUGACUUUUGGCAGAACCUUCAUUUGGUAACGUUAUGCUUUUCUUUCUGAUGCUCAGGGUUUUGCCAAUGGAAAUAGAAGCAUUUCAUUUUCUUUUUUUUUCUGAAUAAGAAAGAAAAGUUGGAAAAUAAAGGUAUCAGUAAAGUUCAUACAUGGAAUACCAGUUCUUUUGACAAGAAAAUGACCAAUCUACAGUGUAUAGUCUGAACGUAAAUUAGGGGACAUUUUUAAUUAAAAGAACCCUGAAGAAUCGAUAUUAUAAAAUGAUUUGGUCAUCUGAACUUGUCAUGGAGGAAACCAAUCAGCUGUGAACAAACACUCUUCUUCAGAUGUCUGUGUGACUGAAAGCAGUUUGUUCCGUAUCAUUUUGAAAAACUCCAACAUGACCCACUAUAGAAGAUAUUUUCUCAUUUCUUGGAGGUGCUCCCUGAUGUCUAUUUUCUUGAUUGGCUCCAUCUGUUUUCUAGGGAUAUAUUUGUUUUUCAUUCCUAAGACUUUUAAUUACUUUGUUGUUUUAGCAAAAAUCAAAGUUAAAGAAAACACUGAUUUGAGUUCAAUGAAAAGAUCUGCAUUUCCUGCCAAAGAAUAUGACAAACCUGCGACAGCAAAAAAAAACAUUUCCUUCAGAAGCAAUGUUUCUAGCUUCAAACAAUUCUUACUAAACAGGAAGGUAGAGGGACUAACUGUAAAUGCAGCACCAUUUGCUAGUGAACUCAAUCCUAUUCAGUCCUUUAGGUUUGUUAUUAACGAAAGAGAUAUAUGUAAUGAAAUAACUCCUUUUUUAAUACUAUUAAUAGCAACCAAAGCUGAUGAAAAGCAGCACAGGGAAGCCAUCAGGAAAACCUGGGGAAACGAAUCUGUGGUUCCAGGAAUAAAGGUUGUUCGCUUAUUUAUGUUGGGUGCUAACGACAAAGAGCAAAAUGAAGCCCUACUGAGGGAAAGCAAUCAAUAUCAUGACAUCAUUCAACAAGACUUUUUGGACACCUACAAGAACCUAACUCUUAAAACCAUAAUGGGUUUGAAGUGGGUUACCACCUACUGUGGUGGUGCAAAUUUUGUCAUGAAAACAGACACUGAUGUUUUUGUUAAUACAGAAUAUUUAAUACAAAGGCUCCUAAAACCACUUAUGCCUCCUUCACAGUAUUAUUUCACUGGCUACCUUAUAAGAAAUGGUCAGCCUCAUCGAAAUAAUGAAAGCAAAUGGUACAUGCCAAAGGAAGUCUACUCAGCUGAGCGGUACCCUGAUUUUUGUUCAGGAACUGGGUAUGUUUUAUCAGGAACCCUGGCUGCAAAAAUUGUCAAGGCAUCUUUAAAAGUAAAGUAUAUAUACUUGGAAGAUAUUUAUGUAGCUCUUUGUCUUGAACAAGAGGGAAUUAAUAUGGUACCCCCACCUGAAAACUACUUGUUUAAUGUAUAUAAAGUCCCAUUUUCUCCUUGUACAUACAGCAGACUGAUUACCUCCCAUGGAAUUAAUCCAGAUGAACAGAUAACAUACUGGGAAACAUUGCAAAGUAACAAAUAUGUCUGUAGUAAAUAAAGCAAAUGUAUGGCAGAGAUUGUCUGGGAUUACGAUAUUGGCUUCUACAGUAUUUCAGCCUUAUCAUUGCUGAAUAAAAACAAUGAGGAGUCCGGUGGCACCUUAAAGAUUAAUAAAUUUAUUUGGGCAUAAACUUUCAUGGGUAACCCCCCCACACACUUCUUCAGAUACAUGGAGUGAAAAUUACAGAUACAGGCAUAAAUAUAUUGGCACAUGAAGAGAAGGGAGUUACCUUACAAGUGGAGAACCAGUGUUGAGAAGGCAAAUUCAGUCAGGGUGAAUGUGGUCCACUCCCAAUAACUGAUGAGGAGGUGUCAAUACCAAGAGAGAGAGAAUUGCUUUUGUAGUGAGCCAGCCACCCCCAGUCCCUA